AUGCGAUGCCCGGCCCCAGUAAUCCCUGCUAUUCCACAGGGACAGAGUCCUUUCCCUGUUUAUCAGAAAAUCCUCACCGAUACUGUCUUCCCCGAAGUACCACAUUGGACAUUUUCGGCAUUAAUUUUUCUCGGAUUCUGGAGAAUUCUGAUGAUGUUCAGUUGUGUUAUCAUCAUAAUCUUGCCAAUCUGGCGUGGAGAGGCUAGCCGACAGAAACACUUUUGGAUCUUUAGAAGACGUUAUCUCGACGAAUAUAAGGUACCUUAUAUUGUACCCAAUCGGCCUUUGGUUGUAGCAGUCUGUGAGUUCUGCUCUUCUGGUCUAUAUCUACUAUUGGCGGCUUUCAAUUACAAGGCAUUUAGUACCCCCAACUUCACCCAGUCGAUACAUUUAACUAUUUGUUCUUACAUUGGUAUCUGGCUUUCAGGCUGGAGUUUGUGUCACGCUUGUCUAUACAACUGCAAAAACUCUCGUCAGAGGGGGUACUGGCUAUUCAGACCGUUCGCCUUCAAUCUGAUGUGGUCAUCAUGGUUGGUCGUCGUGGUUCUAACAAAUGCAGCCUGUGCCACCCUACUUGAUCGCGCUUGCACAGUGGCCUACUACCACUACAAUCGCUUAAUGGCCAUCUUGCAAGCCGCAUCUGAAGAAUGGACGUCCACAAAGCCUUACGAUCUUGAGACACUCAAGAAUAUAUUGAAGGAAGAGAACGUUUUGCUCGAUAGCUGUGGAACCGUGUCAUCCCGGAUGUCAACAUGGUAUGUGGCUUGGAUCAUCUUUGGCGUGCCUCUGGCCUUGUUUUACGUCUUUACAGCUCUAUAUCUGCUACGUCUCGUAGGGAACCUCCUCAAGAAAUGUCAGACUGCAGCUUUGAGCUGUCGUCAAAAUGUUGGGCCUGAUCGACCAGGCAAAAGACGCUUCUUAGUUGCCCAUAGUAGCUUGAUCGCACUCGUCCUACUAUGCGAAGUGGCAGUACCCACUUUUCAACUCUUUGUGAGCUGGAACGUUGAAUCAUCGUUUUGGCGGACUGGUAGCGCCAUCGUUGUAAUGACACCCAGUACCUUUAUCUCGCCCGCUCUAUUAUUCCAAUCGUGGAGGCUUUUGACUGAGCGCAAUACAGCCGAUGAAUCUGAAUUUAAUCAAGCGGCUUCGAUGGCGAGCGACAUUCAGUUGCCCAUCUUUGCCUCUCGGCUUCUCAACACAGGCGAAAGCGUAGAAACGGAUCCCACACCGGCGGACACCUUUUCAACCUUGCCCAAUGCUAGAACAGAAAAAGCUGUCAAGGAUCAAGUUAACAUUACCCGAUCUAUCUCAGUUGUUCAUUCAGGGAUGAAUUCGAUUCAAAAGCAGAGCGAUACCGACAAGAAUUGCAGAAAGACCCUUUCAACAGCAUGGAAGCUCAAGAAAAGCCUUACCCUAUCAAAGAUUGGUAAUCCGUCAAAGACUGAUCCAGUAAUGUUAUAA